AAUGCAUUCUAGCCGCAAAUUUUCGUAAAAAUCCACAAUCACUUGCAACAUAAAUUGCAACAUUUUACGACUUUUUAAAAUCACGCGGCAGUUGGGUAGUUGCAUCAUCAAUCGUGGCUGCUCCUGAUGCACUCAAUAUUGAAGCACAAUUCCAUAAACGGUAGUAAAUCAGGAAGAGAAGUAUAUUUUGUAAAGUGCUUGAUAAGAGCCCUUGAUGAGAGUACUGACGAAAAAGAGCCAUAAAUGUAGGCAGUAAAACAAUAUGAUGGUCGGCCUAUCAUUCUUCUCCAAGAGCAGUCACUUUUCCGUUCAACGCGGGUUCGGAGACAAAAGAUUGCCUCCCGUUUCUACAGUGGUGAAAUAAUUGCACCUAAAUUCGGAGAGGAAAAAUCUGGAUGAAAAUCAGGAAACAUGGAUGUUGCCAUCAAAGAGUCCGAAAUUCAGGCCAGGAGUCGAAUCAUCAAAAACCAUCUAACAGAGCGAAAUAAUUGCAUAGUUCUCAAAAUCGACACACACAUGAGCAAAGUUGAAGACAUGUCACCGUUCGGUUUUCAUUUCGAAUUUGAUGAGAAAAAAUACAAGGAACGGAAAAAACAGAUACGAAAACAAAAAAUAACACGGUUUUUCGCAUGGCUUGCAUAUUAUCAUCAUAAAUUCGGCAUAAGGCAUGUCACAUUGAUUGCUUUACUUGUCGGAUAUGUUUUUCUCGGCGGCUUUAUGUUCGAAAAGUUGGAAUCUCCAAGAGAACUGGAGGAUUUAAAAGAAACUAUUGUUUUAAUGCAAGGUAUAAUUGAUGAAGAAACUACAGAUAUAAUUAACGUUACGCUAAGUACAAAUGGGACAGAUCGGGUUAACAAGUUGGCAAAACUUAUAAAAAGAUAUUACAAAACAAUGUUAGAGGCAGAAGGAAGAUUUCAUGGAAGUGUAUGGCACAAAGCUGAAAAUUUAGAUAUGCAUUUGAUGUGGUACUUUUCAUCGGCAACCUUCUACUCAAUGACUUUAUUCUCAACAAUUGGUUAUGGUACAAUAUCUUGUCAAACAGUAUGGGGAAGAACAUUAUCCAUGAUUUAUGCGUCGAUUGGCCUGCCCAUUAUGCUAGUAGUGCUUGGUGACAUUGGUGAAUGGUUUCAGAAGAUAUUGACAAAUGGCUACAUAUUUCUUCUUCUGAAAUACAAGAAACUUCGGAAGCAGCCUGUUAACCGUAAGAAGAACGAAAUAUUGCUUCCAAUGUGGCUUGCACUGUUUCUUGUACUGGCAUACAUUUUGAUUUGCACACUUACUAUAAAAAUGUUUGACCAUAAUGAAGGCAACAAACCGGGAAUCGGUUUCUUCGAUGCGUUUUAUUUCACAUUCAUCAGCUUGACAACAAUUGGAUUGGGUGAUGUCAUGCCUUACAAUAUUCAGUAUUCUCCAUUCCUGGCGGCUGCGUUCCUGUUGGGUCUUGCACUCAUUUCUAUCGUGAAUACAUCAAUCUAUGCUCAGUUGUACCAGAUGUUCUUUAACAUGAUUAAUUCUGUUGAAGAUCAAUUGGACAGAAUUCACAGUUCUAAUCACAAGGGGCCGGGUUACAAAGUUUUUCACGAUAUGGAACCGGUGUUUAGAAUGUUGGUCUGCACUUUCCCUCCGUCACAUCCCCAAACUCGAAUCAAAUUUGCCGCCGUUGUUCGUGACUCGUUCAGAAGAGAUAAAGAAAAGAAGCGGGAAAGCAACACGAGUGACCAAAUUAAAUUGCGAACAAGAACCGAAUCGGAUAUACCAGCACACGAUGGAUUCCACCUGUGGAUGACCAAACGAGCAAAGAAGCGUCAGAUGGAGCAAGAGAACGAGGACUUGCAUGCUGCCAGAAGACGUGCACCAACUUUAGGAGCAUUUGGUGGAUUUGAUAUGAAUCUUUUCAAACGCGGACGCUCGAAUACUUCGCCGUUUGAGAAGAAUGACUCGGAGGAAACGGAGGAGAGUGAUGUGGAGUGAAGGGAAAGAAUAUUGGGAAACCCUGCUUCUUUUUUUUUUUUUGAAAAAUCAAUCUGCCUCAUUUUCAGAGAAAUUUGUUAUUUUUCUUUGGAACGAUAUGUUUUUAUUAAAUAAUUUUUUAUUUU